AAGGCGUGAGCUGCUUUCCCAAAGUCAUACAAAUGUUAAGUGCAGAAGUAGGAUCUGAAUUCCAGCAGUCUUACUCCAGCGACCAUACUGUGGAAGCCGGCGAUGCCUCCUUAAGCCCUGUCUGGGCUUGGACAGGAUGUCCUCCCUGAUGAACCAGAGCAUGCCAGCCCCGUGGCUGGUGUGGCAUUCUUAAAGACUGUCUGGCAAGUUUUGCUUGCUCUGGUUUCUCACUAAAACAACCUUUGGAUUUGGCUUCCCAUGCGACUCACAUGCAGGAAAAGAGGGCCAUGACCUGCCAACAUGACAGCUGCAUUUUUCACUAGUAACUUAAUGAACUGGCUGCCUGGGUUCACAUACGUACCUGCUUCUGACAGCUUGGUUAAGGUGAUCCCACCCCAGAGCUGAAGCCCACCAUGUGCCAACUUAAUUGAGAUUCUGGGCAUGCAAGCGUAGCCCCCAGCCGAGGCCUCUGUGCCAAGGAAAUUCCUCUUGGCCUCCUUUUGGCUGGUUUGGCCGGCCUUCCCCAGUGACAGUCUGGCUGUUUGGAUUCAAGCUGCCUGGUCAAACUGUGAGGGUCUGCAGAAAGAAGGAAGCAACAGUGCCAGGUUCCAGUGCGUGUUCCAAGUUCCACAUUCCGCCUACAGACACCCGGCGCCAGAGCAAAGGCUGGCCCUUGGCAGGGGACUGGUAAGGAUUUGUCUGCUCAGAACGUGGAACUCUGGAGACACUCCUGAAACUCUGCCCUAAGUCAAAGGAACCAGAGAGUCCACCAUUUCUCCCUCUACCUCCCUUUCCAGGAGCAGCCAUGGCCCUGAGUGAUGUCAAUGUGCAGAAGCAGAUUAAGCACAUGAUGGCUUUCAUUGAGCAGGAAGCCAAUGAGAAGGCAGAAGAAAUAGAUGCCAAGGCUGAGGAAGAGUUCAACAUUGAGAAAGGACGCCUUGUGCUAACCCAACGACUGAAGAUUAUGGAGUAUUAUGAGAAGAAAGAGAAGCAGAUAGAGCAGCAGAAGAAAAUCCAGAUGUCUACCAUGAGGAAUCAGGCAAGGCUGAAAGUCCUGAGAGCCCGAAACGACCUCAUCUCAGAGUUGCUGAAUGAUGCAAAGCUGAGACUCAGCAGGAUUGUGGCAGACCCAGAAUUUUACCAGGGGCUGCUGGAUAAACUAGUGCUCCAGGGUCUGCUUCGACUGCUGGAGCCUGUGGUGAUUGUACGCUGCAGGCCACAGGACCUCCUCCUGGUGGAGGCUGCAGUGCAAAAAGCCAUCCCUCAAUACAUGACAGUCACCCACAAACGUGUGGAAGUCCAAGUUGACAGAGAGGUGCAACUGGCUACAGAUGCGGCUGGAGGUGUGGAGGUCUACAGUGGUGAUCAGAGAAUAAUGGUUUCCAAUACUCUGGAAAGUCGACUGGAUCUCUUAUCCCGGCAAAAGAUGCCAGAAAUACGAAAGGCCUUGUUUGGAGCCAGUGCCAACAGGAAGUUCUUUAUAUAAGCCUCUAGGAAGUGAAGCUCAUGUUGAACUUCUAAGCUAUAAAAGCAUGAGUUAUUAAGGCAAAGGAAACCAGUAAUAUCUCCUCCUCUUUUUUGCUCUGGUAUUAGUCUAUCUUCAUGAAAUACCCUUUGACUAGCUAAAGGCAUUAUACUUUGGAAUAAAGGCUGACUUAGUGCUUAGCAACCUAUUUCCAAUUUAUCUAUACAUACUACAGCUUCUUGUCAGUUCUGCAGUCUGGGCUGAAGGGAGUAGAGAUAUCUGCUCUUUAGCUCUUCCUCCAACUGACAUGUGAGUGGUAUUCUUGACCUAUGGGUCUGGAUGUUCUAAAGCUCUUUAAUAUGUAUGUGAAGUUUGUUUUUCUUCUUUUGUCUCAGCUUCUUGUUCUUAUGUUAUUUAAUAAGAUCUAGAACUCUUUUUCAUGUGUAGAGGGUCAACUUCAUGGGUGUAUAGUGAGUGCAGUCACACAGAGCUCCAUGUCAGAAGAGCCUGGCACUUGGGGUCUAAUGCUCUAUAGCCACUGUCUGGAAAUUCUUAAUUUUAUUUUUGCAUGUGUGCUUUUUAAAUGAAGUCCAAUGGGACUUUGGAGCAUGUGUCAGGGACUUGGACCUUGGCUCACACGUAGUACUAAUUCCCGAAGCCUACCCAUCUCCCUGGAAUGGGUCCUUGACCACCCACUUCCCAGCGCCCUGGUGCUCCAAGACCCUGCCUUCCCUUCCCUCAACUAGUGCACAUUGCUGCCCUCUGCCCAGUGUGCAUGCAGAGAGGGUCUGUAUGCUCCGUAGAAUCUUAGGGCUGGGCAUAAUGGUGGCCAUCUCUGCUCAGGUUGGCAGCUCCAUGGCACAUUCAGCAGGUGACUUGGUGAGCGUGGGUCUCUCACCCACCAGAUACUGGGCACAUCUCAAGUGUGGAGGUUUAAAGACCCUGGGGUUCACCUGUCUCCUGUGGAUUGGAUCAGCCAGCCUCUUGGAAUGGGAAAUGCCUUGCGUGGCUUCCCUGACCCCAGCCUCCGUACAACACAUAGAUCUGGGGGCUGGUGGGAAGGAGGGCCCAGCAGUUGUCAAGGUUGCUGGGCCUGAGUCUCGGGGAGGGAUCUUCAGGAGCUUAUAAGGGUCUGCACUUGCCCUGUAAAGUAUCCUGUGCCUGAUGGAGUUCUCCAUUAGACAACUCAGUGUCUGGGGGGGACUUGGGCUCAUCUCUUGUGGCCAGCUGGAUGCAUCUUCUGGGAGAAGCCAAGAAAUACAGUCAUUGUGGUGAUUCUCUAUAUGGGCAUUGCACAAUAUAAAGAUAAAUGAUAA